CCCUGGUGUGAAAAGUGCAGACGGUGAAUAGAUGCACACAUUCGCACACAUGCUUUCCUCUGCAAAUGCGGAGAGUCUGAUGUCAUGACUGAGGACUCAUCCAUCCUCAGAUGAGAGUCAUGCACUGCCUGAGUCCUGCUGGAAUGAAUUGCUUAAAGGGAGGGUUCAAGAGUCCCACCUGUGGAUUUGUGUCAUCAAAAUGUUCAAUUUGACCAAACCUUUGAUUUUACUUUUAUGUCUACUCAUUACCGGAGAAUGUCGUAAGAGUGGUCAUCGGGAGCGGAGCUGGACCGGUACUGUGGAGACCCAAAAGCAUGGCACCUCCUUGGCAAAGAAGCCUCCAGAUGUGACAAAGUCUCGCAAAAUGAAGACAGAGCAUCUCAUCAAAGUAGAUAAUCACGACUUCACCAUGAGGCCAGCAUUCGGAGGUCCUGCUAUCCCUGUGGGAGUAGAUGUUCAGGUGGAGAGCUUGGACAGUAUCUCGGAAGUUGAUAUGGACUUUACCAUGACACUGUACCUGAGACAUUAUUGGAAAGAUGAACGUCUGUCAUUCACCAGCAGUACCAACAAGAGCAUGACAUUUGAUGGCCGUUUGGUAAAAAAGAUCUGGGUCCCUGAUGUCUUCUUCGUCCACUCCAAGAGAUCUUUCAUCCACGACACAACCACAGACAACAUCAUGCUGCGUGUCUUUCCUGAUGGUCACGUGCUUUACAGUCUCAGAGUCACAGUGACUGCAGCUUGUAACAUGGACUUCAGCCGAUUUCCCCUGGAUUCUCAGACUUGUACCCUGGAAUUGGAAAGCUAUGCAUACACAGAUGAAGACUUGAUGCUUUACUGGAAAAGCGGUGAUGAGUCCCUAAGUACUGAUGAUCGUAUUUCGUUAUCACAGUUCCUUAUCCAGAAGUUCCACACUACAUCUCGUUUGGCCUUCUACAGCAGCACAGGCUGGUACAAUCGCCUGUACAUCAACUUCACGCUGAGACGCCACAUCUUCUUCUUUCUGCUGCAGACAUAUUUUCCUGCCACACUAAUGGUCAUGCUAUCAUGGGUGUCAUUUUGGAUUGACCGGCGGGCUGUGCCAGCCAGAGUUUCCUUGGGUAUCACCACUGUGCUAACUAUGUCCACCAUCAUCACUGGUGUGAAUGCAUCUAUGCCUCGGGUAUCGUACAUCAAGGCAGUGGACAUUUACCUCUGGGUCAGCUUUGUUUUUGUCUUCUUAUCUGUGUUGGAGUAUGCUGCGGUCAACUACCUGUCCACUGUCCAGGACCGUCGGGAACGUAAAAUGAGAGAACGGGCACGAUCCCAGUCACUGCCCUGCACAUGUGGCAUUUCCCAAACAAGAACCAUGGCAAUGUUAGAUGGGACCUACAGCGAGGCCGACACCAACAGUCUUGCCGGCUACACUGAAGAGCCCAUGGUGCCCGAGGAGGAGCAGGAAGAAAUCCAUGACGUUUCAGAAAAACCAGAACAUAUGGUGGUUCAUCUGUCAGUGAGCAGUGAGUCGACCACGACCAAGAAGAAGAAGAGCCUACGUACCCUGAACAUCAUCCAAAACACGCAUGCCAUUGACAAAUACUCCCGUAUGAUUUUCCCUGGGUCGUACAUUUUCUUCAACCUUAUCUAUUGGUCUGUCUACUGCUGAACACACACCUGAUUUAGGUCUACAGUCAUAGAAAUUGUUACACAGACAGAUUACAUGCUGCAUUAAAUAUUAAAUUUCCCAACUAAUUAGAAAUGACUCUUGGAUCAUAUGUCUGGUGCUUGAGGUCGUGGACAGUUUCUGAACAAAACACAAAACAUUUGUGCUAAAAGUUACAGAACGAUGUACAUUAAAUUGGUGCUAUAUAAUAACUCUUAUUAUUUUGUCUUAUUAAUCUGGUGGGUAUAAUGUAGUCUGAAGUGUUGAGAUUCUUUUCUGGAUUGUUUUUUUUUUUUAAAGGAAUUUGCAACUCUUAUUUCACAUAUAGUACUUGCAACAGGUUGUGAGAUGUCAUAAGUAUUGUGAUAUGGUUAUUAUAUCCUUAUUGUUCUCGUGUGCUGAAACAAAGAGGUAUUUUGCUUAUCUCUAAGUAAGGAUUGUGCCAGAAUUGGGAACAUUUACAGGGUUCUAACAAAGUAGAUGCAAUUAUUUCAUAGGCAUAUGAGGGUUGAAAUGAAUGGGAGGUCUGAAAGUUGGGUGUUAUUACAAUCUGUCUGUUCCAAUUCUAGCCAAACCUGAGGUUUUUCGUUAGGGUUUACCCAUUUGAUGAGGUUUUGUAAACUGCCAAACCAGAUAACAAUACCUAGUUAGGUAAGUAAGUUCGGUGCAUCCAGUCCCCCUUAAAAUUUGUUUUUAAAGAGUGAUUCUGUUUUUGUUGUUGCUGUUAGAUAAAAAAGUAUUUUGGCGCAGUCCCAUGUUUGGGACUACUUAAACGUGAAUUGGAAUGGGAUCAUUGAAACUAAAUCGUUGAACUUUUAAUUUGUACUGUAUUUUACCUAUGACAUGGUAACAAAUAUCUCUGACAAAAUCAUGAAGCUCGCUCAACAGUGAAAUCUAUUAUACACACAGGAAUUCUGGAUGUUCUGAAGCAGCAUUAAGAGGUACUGAAACAGGAUUUUAUUGAUUUCCUGAGCAAAGUGUGAUGUCUGAAUGCUGUGUUUUUGAGUGGACUUCUGCCAGCAGUACGACAAGGAUAGGAACACUCCAGCAGAUUAUUGAUGUUAAAGAGAUGGCUAAAUGAUGUGUGUACUGCUCAAUCAAUGAACUCAAUUUUUGGGGAACGCAAGCACCUUUACAAGGCAGAUGAUAUCUGUCUAAAUAAACAAGGGGUGAAAUUACUGACUUCCAAUAUUUUUUACUGUGUGCGUCACCCAACGACACCAACCAAAACCAAGAGACAAAAUAAUGCGGAACAACAGACAAGACAGCACUCCGAUGGACAGCAGAUGCAGAAGCAAGCUUCAACUUCACCCAAACAAAUGGAGUCUUCCCCAUCACUGCCAACCCCGGGAGGUACAACAAGAGGAGUCAACCUCAAAGCCCAAAACAAGACUCCGUAUUUUACCAAUUUUCACCACCCCAUUCCUUUUCCAGCUCACCCAGUCCGAAUGAUUCUCCUGAAUUUCACUGAGAACCUUGUCAAUAUUGGAAUUCAACUCACACCCCGUCCAUCUCCUAUAGUCUCAACCCUUAACCUUCUUCAUCGUUCAGCACCUCCUAUUCCACUACGCACAAAACAACCAUCCAUCCAAGGUCGUCAAGCCAGCUCUCUGUUCAUGAAAAAUCCUAACUGUGAGUCCUGGGUCCAGGCUGCAAUGCUGAUAUCAACAAUGAUUUUCCCCAGAAUAAGUCAGGGCCCGAUGGAGUUCAGGAGGAAUUUUCUAUGAGAAACAAAGAAAGUAGAGCUACAAAGCUAAGUGAGUGUAGCAUUUCAACCUUACAACAAACCAGUGUCCCUUGUUAUCUCUGCAACGGUAGCUCUAUUCACUUUUUAGUCGUCAGAGGAGACUUUAACAUUCAUAUUGUGGGACAUGGACAUGGAAUGCCUCAAAUGCUGCCUUUGUAUUGUCUUUUUCUCUUUUCACUUUGUUGGUUGAUCCUAUUUUUGUUGUUGUAAUUGUGAAUAUUGCUGCUGUGGCGAUCUAAUUUCCCUCACAGGAUGAAUAAAAUAUCUAUCUAUC